CCGUUAUAUGCAGAAUGCAAUAUGCACUCGGCCUUAUUACAUGACAGACAGCUGUUCAAGUUCAUUUAAUUUAGUCACCUUUUGCUAUCGUGAAGUUUGCAGUCUGACGUGACGUGUCUAUUAUCUACACAUUAUAUUCAUUUUAUCGUUUGACUCGAACUUUACGUGAAAAGUGAUUAAAAAGCCAUGGAGAAUCACAAGUACAACGCAAGAACAGGCGUACAUUUUCCGUACAUGUGGUGUUUGUAGUGUGUACAUAAUAUAAAAUUACCAGUUGUAAUCUUAAAUCAUUGUCGAAAAAACUAGUUGAAAAAUAUUGACGUAAAGAAUAGUUAAGUGAGCUAUAUGUGAAUAUCCAAUAAAUAUAAGUUUUUAAAAAUGUGUGACAAGAAAAAUAUCAACCCAUUUGCUGGUUUAUUCUCAACUCCCAAUCAGCUUUUGACCUCUCCACCAGAAAGUGAUUUAACUAUAAAGAAAAUAAAUGAAAAUGAAGUUAAAACAGAAGAUUCUACUGCUAUUUGCUACGAGAAGCAGAGUACACAAAAUACCAAAAAAGCCAUUGAAACAGAGAAAGAUGAACUUUUUGAUGAAUUAAUUGCUGAUGUUUUUGGAAUUACUAUGAAACAACAUCAUAAGGGUAAAAAACCAACUCGGCAGCUAAUUUAUAUCAAUACUGCUUCUGUUGAUCGAGCCAUAUUUGAACGUUUACUUUUAACGGAGCCCAAAUCUAUGCUGAUUUCAAAAGAAAAUACUAAAGGACAAGAUUUGGAUAGUCAUGUUGUACAAACUGAAAUUAUACCAUAUCUAUUUGAAAGUUAUAGUAGAUUACAACGAUACAGAAUUAGUGAUGGUGCUCAUGACACUGUUGAAAGCAUUCGUAAAAUCAUUAUGUGCAAUAUUAGUACUGCCCUGCAAGUACCAGAUAUUUUUUCCAACCAACAGAUUCAUUCACAAUUUUUUGACUUAUUCAUGAAUGAAAGUCUUUUUGGUUCUGAUUUAUUGUCAUUUAUUACUGGAAUUGUAGAAUAUUUAUGUGCAGAAAAUAAUGAAGUAGAAAAAGAAGAAGUUAUUAGUAUAGCCUUUAGCCCAAUAUUAGAUAAAAUUCAACAAGAAGCUUCUGCCAGUAAUAUACUAAUCAAACAAUAUUGGUUUUCUAUUUUACAAACUUUUGCAUCAGUAGAACCCUUAGCAAAUUUGAUAAUUAAUCACAAUAAACCCAAAAAUACUACUGGAAGAGCUUAUUCUGACACAUUAUUUGGUUCAUUAUUAAGUCUAGGAUGUUUACCAAAAACACCUACUGCUAGAUAUGACUUUUUUGAUAAACCUUUUCAGCAAAAUUCUGCAGCUGAAGGAAAUAUAUGGACUGCAUUAGAUUCAUUGAGUGACUCACUUCAUAAAGUUUUUCAUACUUUACUCAAGUGUUCACCACGAGUACGUGAUUUAACAUUAUCAUGGUUGGGUGAUUGUUUACAAGCUAAUUCUAAUAGAGGAAAAUUAUGGAACUCUCAAAAUCUUAUGAGUGAUGGAGACAUUACUACAGUAUCAGAUAAUUUUAUGCUAAACUUGGGAAAUGUACUAUUAAGACUAUGUCAACCAUUUUGCUCCAAACCAAAUGAUCCAAAAAUUUUAAAAAUAGACCCUACUUAUUGUGCUGUUAAGACACAAAAUGUAGCUGAAGCUAAAGAAAAAAAUGUCCACAUGAAGGAAAUGCAUUCACAAACUUGCUUAAUUCCUGUUCCUGAGGGAGAAGAUAGACCUGUUGCAAAAUCAUUCAAUUUUGUAACAGAAUGUUUUUUUCUAACUCACCGUACAUUAGAGCUUGGUUUUAAAGUUGCUUUGGAUAAAUUGUUCAAAAUCAGUCACGAUUUGGCAAGAAUCCAGAGGCUUUUCAACGAUUCCAGAUCGAAUGCCAAUACUGAAGUAAAUGAAUUUAUCUCUCGCCGAAUGGAAUCAGAAAUGACGAGGUAUUUAUCAUAUCGAGUCAGCUUGUUAACUCCCGAAGUACUCGGUGUGUUUGCAAAAUUCCAUGCUGCAAGUGCGUUCUGGCUAGCACAAGUAAAUAUGGAUACAAGGUCUCUUGGAUUAAAUGAAGAAAAUUAUGCUCCAAAUGAGUACAGGUCAAUUACAUUUCCAUUGCCAGAUGCAGCUCCUUUAACAUUAAGAUGUAUUCCUGAAUUUGUUGUGGAAAAUCUUGUAUCAUUUUUAUGCUUUCUUCGACGAUGGUGCCCUAAUAUUUUUGAAGAACAAGGACCCAAUUUUUUGAACCCAGUUUUGACUCAGAUCGUAAUUCUUAUGAAUUCGCCGACUCGUUUGUACAAUCCACAUUUGAGAGCUCGUCUGGCUGAAGGACUUGAAGCUCUUUUGCCUAACAAUGAUGAAGUACAAAAUCAGACAGCACCUUCCCUAGGUACUUUUCAUAGACAACAAUUGUUUAUUGGCCACCCUUACAAGCAAAUGAUUGUACCAAGUUUGUUACAUGUAUUUGUAAGCAUAGAAAUGACUGGACAAAAUGUUCAAUUCGAACAAAAAUUCAAUUAUAGACGGCCUAUGUACAUUGUCAUGUCUUAUUUAUGGAAACUACCCGAACACCGAGUCAGUUUCAGGGAACUAGCUCUAGAAGCUGAAAAUAACAUGGAAUCUGUACAGCCACCAUUAUUUUUAAGAUUUAUUAAUCUUUUGGUAAAUGAUGCGGUAUUUUUGCUCGAUGAUGCACUGUCAAAUAUUACUCAAUUGCGACAGAUGAUGCAUGCCAGGGAUAGUGGUGAAUGGGAAAAGUUGUCUCAACAAGAAAGAGAGCAGCAGACAUAUUAUUUAGAACAUAUUGGAAUGAUUGCACGAUUUGACAACAUUUUAGGGCGAGAAACGAUACAAACCUUAAAAAUGUUGACAUCGGAAAUCAAAACUAUAUUCUGUCAUCCUACUAUGGUAGACAGAAUAGCUGCGAUGUUGAACUACUUGCUUUUACAAUUAGUUGGACCGAAUAAAAAAAAUUUAAAAGUGAAGAGUCAAAAAGAAUAUGAAUUUGAUCCUGCAAAUCUUGUUCUGAAUAUAUGUGAAAUAUUUAUCAACUUGAGUGAAAGUGACAAUUUUACAUUAGCUGUGUCUCAAGAUGGAAGAUCAUACAGUCCAGAGCUAUUCAAUUAUGCUUCUGAUGUUUUAGUUCGAAUCGGAGGCUGUGGAAUAUUAGGUAAUCUACAGCAGUUUGCAAAAAAUGUGGAAUUGGCAGCGGCCCAAAAGAAGCAAGAAGAAGAAAUUUUGGAGAAUAUUCCAGACGAAUUUUUAGAUCCUAUAAUGUCAACUUUAAUGUCCGACCCUGUUAUAUUACCCUCGUCGAAAACUGUAGUUGACCGUCAAACAAUAGCAAGACAUUUAUUGAGUGACCAAACUGAUCCGUUCAACCGAUCUCCUCUUACAAUGGACAUGGUCAAAUCAGACAUCGAUCUUAAAAAUAAGAUCCAAGAAUGGAUCGAACAGAAAAAAAAAGAAAAACACGUGGUUACCGAAGAUUGAGUUAGAAAAAAGUUAUGCACAAGUUAUAGCUGUUUUACGAAUAUUUAAUAUUCUUGUUACAAGUACAAAAUUUACAAAAUUAACUUGACAGGACACUUUAAACAAAAGUAUACGCUCGAAAUAAUAAUUUUAGAGUAAUAUUCAUUGAACAAGUAGUGUAGUUUUCGGUGCGGUUAAAUUAUUAUGUUCAGUGUAUAAUGGAUC